UGUGAUAGAUGUCGCACAUCUUGUCACACAUUUUAAAACAGCCACUGUAUAGAAACUACCGUUCCUGUUUUAAAAACGAUUUACCGUUAGCUAUGACCUACACAGAAGAGCACCUGAAGACCAAAUUGCUGAAGGAAUUGGACGCGUCUCAUGUGGAAGUGAUUGAUGAAAGCGACGGUUGCGGCGGCAAGUUUUCCUGCGUGAUCGUUUCGGAUAAGUUCCAGGGUAAGCCGCUGUUGCAACGUCACCGUUUGGUCAAUUCGGUGCUGCAGGAAGAACUGAAAUCUAUACACGCCUUUUCACAAAAAACUUUCACCCCAGAACAGUGGAAGGCGCAGAACGAGAAAUAAGUUGUUUUAAAACCAACAAUGGCGCAAGAAGGGUUGGAACUGAGGGUGUCAGCACCGGGGAAGGUUAUAUUACAUGGAGAGCAUGCGGUAGUGUACAACAAGCUGGCUCUCGCGGCUAGUUUGGGGCUGAGGACGAAGGCCAAACUGGUUGAAACAUCUGGAAACAAUUUCGAGCUUAUUUGUCCUGCUUUGGACAUGAAGUUCUCCUUCGAUCUAAACUUGUUGGCUAACGUCCUGGACAAACCACUUCCGAUUUUAUGCCCCAGUGCCGACUACUCCUGGAAUCAAACGGAAUUGCUGGAUCAACCAUCGUUGCUGAAAAUAGUAGAUUCGUUCCUGAACAACGCGGGUAUUCCCCCGUUCGAAUCUACGGACCCCAAACAUCUGGCGUUGAAGACGUUCUUUUUCCUCCUGUUUGGCAUUUUGGGCUCCCUGAAUCUCGCCCUGAAUGCCAUACGCGUUGAAAUCACCACUGAGCUGACAAUAGCAGCGGGAUCGGGUAGUUCCGCCUCCUAUGCGGUCACCAUAACUGCACUGCUGUUACAGUACGCCAGAUUGAAAUUGAAACAAAGCAACGCGUCCAAAACUGGGUACAAGCCGUUUCAUUUCAACGAAAGUAAGCAAUUUACGAAAGACGACAGGGAGAUUAUUUCUCAGUGGGCCUUACUUGCGGAGAAGAUUUUGCACGGUACUCCGUCGGGCAUUGAUAACACCGUUUGUACGUUCGGCUCCAUGGUUGAGUUUAAGAGGGGCCAAUACAUGAAGUUGCUGGAGAUAAAGGCGUCGUUGAGAAUACUAUUGGUGAACACAAACGUGUCGAGGAACACGAAAGCGUUGGUGGCCAAAGUUGCCCUCCUGCAUAAAACUCACAUGUCCGUAACCGAUCAUAUUAUGGAUGCCAUAGAGGAGUGCACCAAGAGUUCCAUUGAUUUAAUCAACAACUUAGCCCAAAGCGGUGACAAUUCUAUUUACGACAGGUUGUUCGAACUGUCCGAUCUGAAUCAUUGUCUUCUGGCGAGUCUGACUGUUUCGCACCCAAAGCUAGAAAAAAUUCGUGAGGUCUGCUUUAAAUAUGGUUUGAAGGGGAAACUAACCGGUGCUGGGGGCGGUGGAUAUUUUUUUUCGUUCGUGCCGCCUACUCUUGAUAAUAAAGUUUUGGAGAAAAUGAUCUACGAGUUGAUGAAUGAAGGCUUCACUGCCGCCGUUGUUGGUUUGGGAGGAACUGGCGUUUCUGUCGAUUGAUGUUUAAUUUAUGUUUAUUAUAUUUGUUUGUUUAAUAAAGUUAUUUUACAUACAUUUAUUAAA